GCAUUACGUGUAUCAGCGUUGAGACAUUUCAGAAGUACUCUGCUGUAUAUGCAGGGAUAGAAGGAUACUCAACAUAUCAAGCAAAUCCAGCAGAAACAGCAAUGGCCAUUCUGAGGACUACACUUUGUGCUGUCUUCAUGGUGACUGCAGUGUUGUCUAAACCACUCUGCCUGAAUGAGGGUGAAGAUUCAUCAGAGUCCAGUCAGUUAGAUUCAUCAGAGGAGGCAGACACUGAUCUUGGGCCUUCACAGGAACCCCUGCAGCCGGCAUUCACAGACACAGACGUGUCUGAUGCCGUGGAGGAGACUGACCCCCCGAGCACUGCAGCCCCACUACCCUCUGCAGGGCCUUCUCUGGCCACGCUCAAUACUUCAGCCCUCCCUGAGGACCCACAAGCCUCCACUGACACAGACGCUUUACAACUCAUGCCAGAUGACCCUUCACAUACCGCUCUGGGUGUAGACGUCUCUCAGGAUAUGCCUAAUUCUGAUCCUGCACAGGACUCAAUUAACGCUGACACAGAGUUCUCACCACACCUUACAGAAACUGGUACAAUCACAGGCACCGAUGGCACAAAUCAACCACAACUCACCACCACCACCACAUACCAAAGAUUCCCCCAGAGUGCCACUCCACCAUUCUCCACAGCCACACCCAUGCCAGUCCACAUCAGAACCGCCCUGACUGGUGUUCCUGUUUGCUUCACUUUCCAGUUUGCGACCGCUGAGCCUGAUCCACCUAGAGGAGAUAGCAUUUGACCCAGAUAAGUUAUCCACUUCAGGUUACAGGCUCAGUCCAUGUUAUUGUUGUACAUAUAGGUAAACAUAUAGGUCUCCUGAUUCUUUAUCAUCAGAAUCAGAAUCACUUUUAUUGGCCAGGUAUGCACAUACAAGGAAUUUGACUCCAGUUUGACAUUGAUCUCAAUGUACAAACACAGAUUAACAGUAUAAAUAAACAGAACAAGUUUAACACAAAAAAGACCGGCUUAUAUGUACAGUUAUACAUAUCUAUAAACAAACAUUUGUACACAGUAGUAUCAAGUCUAAAUAUCCAGACUACACUUUUACUUUGAUUUUACGUUUCCUUUAUCAGUGGCAAUUGUAUUAAAAUGGUGCUAAUGUACACGACUGCUAUAUAAAUAGAAUAUAAAUGUUUGAACAAUGGUAGAAGUGCAGUGCUGAUUUGCAGGAUCAACACCUUGGCUGAAAACACCUCAAAUGUAUUUGUAUGAGCAGCUGGACAUGAAAAUG